AUGGCUUCCACUGGGGCUCUCCCUCAGACCCUCAAGUCCAUCACUGCCACCAAAAUCAACGAGCUGUCCAAGCAGCGAGUCCUAUUCGACAAACGCAAAACUGAUAUCCUCGCGGCUGCAGAUGCUGCCCCCGACCUGCGUACCCGAGCUCGCGUUCUUUUAGACGGCCUUUCCCGCCUGAAAGGAUAUCCCAAGGACGCCCUCGAUAAAGACGACUUGGAUCUGGAGGUCAGCUCUUCGGACAAUGACUCGGAAGAUUUGGAAGUCACCUCGCCAGGUAUGGGUCAGUUAUACCAAGCGGACCACACCAAUAUUCGCCGAUUCCUUCUCCAAGGCCGUUAUGACCCUUCGAUCUCGGACUCUGCCUUGAAUGACUGGAUUGCUCGACUGGAAAAGGAUCUACGCUUUUUGGAGCUCAAGCAUGAGCAUGCUUCAUUCUACAGCAAGCUGGUUACCGAGUGGCUUUCAAACCUGGACGACGCGGCUGCAUCUCCCGAUGUCGACCAGACAGAUGAUGCGGCUUCUGCCAAAUCUGACGCUGGCUUUGAAAAUGUGGGCCGGACAGAGAUGCAUGAGCAGCGUGCACAGUGGGAGUCUCUGGUCUUUACGACUGAUACCGAGGUGAAUGAAGACGCCAUCAAAGCUUACCUCGACGAAUUAUUCAAAAAGACCAAGUUGUCCCGUCAGGCACUCAAGGAGCUUCGUGAGAACCUUCGCGGGUUCGGCACCGAACUGGCAACUAAGGGGGAGUGGCUGGACGUCGAGGAGCUUCAAUGGGUGUCCAAGGCGCUAAUGAAGACCGAUCUGCUCAGUGCCGAGAAAACGACUAUUCUCAAGGAAUUCAUGCGCAACAAAGAAGUCUUGCAGGAGGUGGCAGAUGUUCUCAAUAUGCGUCUCGCGUCCCUUGACAGCUGGUCCUGGGGUAGUGACGGCAUUCCGAUCGAAAUGCGCCGCCAACUUAACGGUAAAUACCGCGUUUUCAUGGACGAAGACCUACUCGACAGCCUGUUGUUGCAGUAUCUAGGAUCCACAUGGGCUGUCCGGCUGCACUUGGCGUUCAAGUACUUUUUCAGUUCGCAGGCAUGGAUUUCGGUACAUGAGGACAUCCCAAAGGAAGAUAUUGAGAGACGCAAGUACUUCCUUGGGAAGGCAACAAAUGUUGGUGACUCUGGCAUCAAUCAGAUUCGGAAGCGCACCUACGGUGACAAAUACUUCAUGAGUCAACUGCCCACUUCCCUCGAGGAGGGUGUUCGAAGCUACGACGACAACUCUCAGGUCAAGAAUGCGUUGGAUACCAAGCACUCACUUCUCCAUCUGUUGAUCACUGAGUCUCUGAUCUACAAAGAUCGGCACGGCGAUUUUACUGCAAUCCGGUCCGAUUACCAGUGGUUUGGCCCCUCUUUGCCUCACGUCACAGUUCUUACAGUCUUGGAAUACUUUGGCAUCCCAGAGAUGUGGUUGAACUUUUUCAAGGUGUUCCUGGAGGCCCCGCUCAAGUUUGUUCAGGAUGGUCCCACUACCUCAACCCAGAUCCGAAAGCGUGGCGUCCCGAUGAGCCACACUCUUUCAGACGUUUUUGGCGAAGCGGUUCUGUUCUGUAUGGACUAUUCGGUCAAUCAACAUACCAAUGGUGGAGUCUUGUAUCGCCUACACGAUGACUUCUGGUUCUGGGGUGCCGAGAAAACCUGCGAGACGGCCUGGGUGGCGAUGACUCAGUAUGCCAGGGUCAUGGGCCUGAAAUUUAAGGAGGAGAAGACUGGCACCGUUCACAUGGGACAAUCUGGGGACAGGAAGGAUUCCGUUCUCCCGUCUGGCGAAAUUCGCUGGGGUUUCUUGAUUCUCGAUGCAGACCAAGGCAGAUUCGUCAUUGAUCAGGCGCAGGUGGACCAGCAUAUCGAAGAGCUUGACCGACAGCUCUCAUCUUGCAAGAGUGUCUUUACCUGGGUACAGGCAUGGAAUGGAUACUUUGGGCGGUUCUUCACCAACAACUUUGCGAGACCCGCCAUGUGUUUUGGCCGCGAUCACAUCGACAUGGCAGUCUCGACGCUGAGCCGUAUCGAGCGAACUCUCUUCAGCAAAACUUCCAACAUGACUUCCGAGAACGGAACCAGCGUCACCAACUACCUGCGCUCUGUCAUUGCUGAACGAUUUGGCAUUCACGGCCUGCCCGAGGGAUUCUUCUAUUACCCCGUCGAACUGGGAGGUCUCGGACUGCUGAACCCGUACAUCCGACUCCUUGCCAUGCGUGAAAACAUCAAGCAGACGCCCCAGAGACUCCUCCAAAGGGCCGCCCUCUAUGAUGAAGCUGCCUACCACGUGGCCAAGGGACGCUUUGAGAAGCAGGGCUCGGACUUCCUGAAGACCUGGAAGGACAAAAAUGGCGAAGCCCUCCCAUUCAUGUCGCUGGAGGAGUACACACGGUACCCCGAGACAUACAGCUUGUGCCUUCAGCAGGCAUACGAAAAGCUGAUCGAGGUGCCGGAGGAGCGGAGUGUGGCAGCCACCGCGAGCUUCACCAAGAAUCAGACGGGGCUGAAAGGACCUAGGGGCAAGGCAAUCAAGCCAGGCCCGAUCUCGGCGGUCUGGAAUAAAAUGACUCCCUACUGGCACUGGGUUGCAGAGCUGUAUCAUGAUGAGAUGGUGCGCACCUAUGGAAGUCUGGCUGCUGUGAACCGGGAGUUCAUGCCUCUGGGGGUUGUGAAGACUCUGAAGGAGGGGCGUUUCAGAUGGCAGGGUUGA